GAAGGGAUGUUUAUAACAAAGGGUAUAAAAACUCGUACAGCACACAAGGAUAUAGAUGUGAGCUUAUAAGAGAUCAUAUUUAAAAUGUUUAACAACAACGAAGCAGAAAUGUCAAAUACUGCAGAAGUAUUCGAAUUUUUUGGGUAUGGAUCUCUUCUAUGGAGGCAUGAUUUCAAGAUUGUUGAGAAAAAGCAUGAUUUUAUAAAGGGUUUCCAUAGAAAGUUCUGGCAGGAGAAUAAGACUCAUCGUGGAACAGAGGAUAAGCCUGGAAGAGUUGCAAUUUUGUAUGAAACAAAAGAAGAUGAUGUUCUGUGGGGUGUGAAGUUUACAGUAGUUGGAUCCGCCAAUAUUCAGGAAGUCAAGGAGAAACUGAAUGAACGGGAGACAGUGCUAGGGGGAUACACGUCAUUUCACACCACGUUCUACAACGAAGAUGGCGUCCACUCUAAUGUUCUUGUUUUCACUGCUACUAAGGAAAACGAUCUCUAUGUGGGACCCAAGUCGGAGAAUAUGGAAGAAGACGUAGAACACAUCGCCAAGCAGGUAGUUGGAGCAACAGGGAAAGCGGGAACCAAUGCUGAAUACGUCAUAAAACUGGACUACUUUGUGCAGCGUUUUUUCCCAGAAGAAGAUGAUGAACAUUUAUCUUUACUCGCUGCAAGAGUGAAAGAAAAACUAGGAAAUCGAUCCGACAGUGUUCUCAAGUAUUUGGAAGAAAUGGAAGACUAUUUUGCACGUAUGUUGAUGGAUACUCGGCAAAAACGGACGAUGGCUUCGUUUCAAAACGCAUGAGUAAGAUAUAUCCAUGUAUCCCAAAGCAUUGUAAACGUGUUCAUUUUUGA